GUAAGGCUUCGUGUUGUGGGGAAAUAGUUCUGAUGUUGAGACAAUUUUUAUAUUAUGGAAAAAAUGCUCACCCUUGCCUCGAUAUUUUAUUUAUUUGAAUCAAGCAAAGUUGUGAGAAAACAUAUCAAUCUUUAUUCACCGCUAAUAGCCAAUAGAAGAAACUACCAAAGUUUAAAAAAACUAGAAUUGCCUUUUUCCUCAUUAAAGCUUGUUACAUAUGUACAUCUAGCCUUCAUUUUAUGUGUAUCAAAAUUUAUAAUCAAUUAAUCACUUUCCGAAUUCUGUGAAAAACUUACAAAACCCCAAAUUAUCUCAAAAUAAGUUAAAAGCCUUCCUUAUUAAUAAGUGUUUUUAUAGAGUGAAACACUACUUUCACGAAAAAUAUGAUUAAAAAUGCUCUUAUAACAUGUAAUGUAAAUUGUAAAUAGUUAAGUUAGUAGUUUAAAGUUAACUGUAGUAUUUAUGUUAGUGUGUCCUUACAGGGCGUCACAUAAUACUAACCAAAUAAUAUGUAACACCUUUAUAAACAGGCUUGUGACAUGCAAUAAAUGAUUCUAUGGUCGACGACCUGUCUGGCCUAGUGAAGGCCUAGUGGGUAGUGACCCUGCCUAUGAAACCGAUGGUCGCGGGUUCAAUUGCGAGAUGAGCACGAAUAUUUAAGUAUAUUCUGUAUUUAAGUAUUUAAAAAUAGUAAUAUAUUAUACAUACAUAUCGUUGUCUAACUGCUCACAACACAAGCCUUACUGAGCUUACCGUAGGACUUAGUCAAUUUGUGUAAUAUUGUCCUAUAAAUUUUAUUUAUUUAUGAUUAAUUACUAAGGGUUAUAUUGCCUAUGUACACAGAUAGAGUAAGUACACCAUGCACCCGCUACGUGAGCGCGCGUGUGAUGAGGUGCUAGAGAACCCGCUGCUGGCGUCGCCGCCGCCGGAGCCCGUGAAGCCGCGCCCGCCACGCGAGCGCCGCCCACGACAGUUCAAAAUUCCUCCAAAAUUCGAGUUGCUUACCGAAGACUUCUAUGAAAAAUGGGUCAACCAUCUGAAACAGCUUCAAAUGAUGCGGCACAUCGUGGACGACCACCCGCCGGAGCUGUUCCCCGACAUGUACCUCAAGCCGCGCCGCCUCAACUACUACGCGCAGCAGCUCGAGCACAACAUGCGCGUCAACAAGGACCUGCUCAAGAAGAUCAACAUCAUACAGAGGACUGGGGGCUUCGUAGACUGCUGGACGCGGCCAGAGCCCACCAACACGUACAACAAGCUCAUGGUGAAAAAACGACAACGCGACCUCGACACAGUUCAAAAUCAGAACGAAUACUUCUACAAUAGGCUGCUCAUUGCACGAUCAGAACAGCCGACGACAAGACAAUUUGAUGAAAUGUGGAAAGAUACGAAGCAAAAACUGAUCCUUGGGGCAUCAUUACCGUUUAUAUUGUUCAAGACUGAAAAAAUAGAUCGCGGUGUUCACGACCCCGCUUUUGAUAAGCCUCUGCAUAUAUUUCGAAGCAAAGUAGCCUUGGAUAUACGAGUGGUUGGUGGCUCGAAGAUUGGAAAGGUGAUGAUCGAGCUGUUCUCGGACAUAGUACCGCGGACGUGCCAGUUGUUCCUAAGCCUCGUGAAAGGUGACAAGCGCGGCUACGCAUACACGGGCUGUAGAAUCUUCAGGAUCGUGCCCGAACUGUACUGCCGUGGAGGCGACGUGGAGAAGGACAACGGCUACGGCUGCUUCAUCCCUGAAGGCGAAACCGAGCCCUCCGCCCCCGAGAACUUUGAGCUGAAGCACUCUGUUCCAGGUGUGGUGUCCAUGGUCGUUACUCCGGGGAACGAGGUGACCGGCCAGUUCAACAUUGUUUUUAAGCCUCUGUCGCAGUUGGAUGGAAAGCAUGUAGUGUUCGGAAGAAUAGUAGCAGGCCCGACGCAGUUCCUAGAGCGGAUCAGCGCGCUGGGCUUGCCACUGGGCACCACCACGUCGGACUGCGUCGUCCACGCCUGCGGCUGCUACUCACGCAGGGGGCAGUACCGCGCCGGCGCAACCAACACUAGGACCUUCCCGCCGAGGCGGAAGAAGUGAACAGUGUAUUGUUUUAAACGCUUUGGAUUAAUAAAACAGGCUUAUGGUAAAUAA